GUGGACUCGCGCUGCCUGGAGGCUGUGGCUGAGCUGCUCCGCUUAGGAGGCGCGCAAAGCGAGCUGCUGGAGCCCCGGGUGCUGCCUCUGCCUUGGAGGAUCCGGAGGUCCGUGGCCUCAACGACGCUGGCCUGACGCCCCUUGCUGCAUGUAUCCACUAGUGUCUGAGCCUUAAACAGCGGCUCCGCUGCCAACGGAAACCUCAGUCAUGUCCGCACAUCUCGCGGGCUGCCGGUCGCGUCCUCUUUCCUUUUGAGUGCUGUGAUGGUUCGCAGCUGAAGUCCACAAGACGCGCGGCGUUGUUUCUACGCUGUCGGAAUCCGAAGGGCUUGCACGUGUUGGGUUGAUCAGGCAUUGCUUGGGCUCCUUUUCACCCCCUCCCUCCCUCCUAGAUGGCUUGCAAACAUGUUAAAACAACGAUUUCCAUAAGGCUGUUGGAAGACACCAGGUCGAGUUCUCAAAAGUGCCUUGAACAAAGUUAGCCACCUUACCAGCAACAUGGUGCUAUCGUUUCUGAAGUGUGUGCAAGAACUUCUGCUUAUAUUUGCCUUGUCUGUAGCCUCUUCCUGGUCUAAUGACUUUCUCUACCAUGACUAUUGUAUUAUUGGGGCUGGCCCUUCAGGCUUGCAAAUGGCCUAUUUCCUUCAACAUGCAGGUCGGAAUUAUGUUGUCUUUGAACGUAGAAAUACACCAGGGCACUUUUUCACCUUGUAUCCCCGUCAUCGAAAAUUGAUCAGCAUCAAUAAACGUUACACUGGCAAAUCAAACAGUGAAUUCAACCUUCGUCAUGAUUGGAACUCAUUGCUUAGCCACAAUAACCAAUUGCUUUUUCGGCACUACUCUCAGGAUUUCUUCCCUGAUGCUGAUACUAUGGUGCAUUAUCUGGCUGAUUUUGCUUCCAAACUAGCUCUCCAUGUGCAGUAUAACACAUCCAUUGUACUGGUGAUGCUGGAAAAAGAUCCCAAGGCUUGGAAUGGUCAUUACUUCAUCCUCAGAGACCAAAAUGCUAAGAAUUACAAAUGCAGUGUUCUUUUGGUGGCCACAGGUAUGUGGGUUCCUCACGAGGUGAACUUUCCAGGUUCAGAAUAUGUUGAAGGUUACGAAUCUGUGUCAAUCAAUCCAAAAGAUUUUGUUGGACAGUCUGUAUUGAUCUUGGGUCGGGGAAAUUCUGCCUUUGAAACAGCAGAGAACAUUCUGGGUGUCACCAAUUUUGUGCAUAUGGUAGGCCGAUCUCGAGUUCGUCUUUCUUGGGCUACUCAUUACGUUGGAGAUCUGAGAGCAAUUAACAAUGGGCUCUUAGAUACAUACCAGUUGAAGUCUUUGGAUGGACUUAUAGAGGGUGAUCUAGAAGACUUAGUUCUCAUCAAAGACAGAAAAGGAAAGCUGCACAUCACCCUUCGGUUCUACUUGGAAAACAGCAAUAGCAGUGACCCAGAAUCUGUCACUCUUCCACAGGAUGAACUAGAUAACUUUGCCACUCGUGCACCUUACGACCGUGCCAUUCGCUGCCUGGGUUGGAAGUUUGACUUUUCCAUAUUCAACAAGUCUGUUGGUUUGAUGCGUGGCAAAGGCAGUAAGAAGAAGUAUCCUUUGAUCAAGGCCAGCUAUGAAGCCAAAGCUACUCGAGGUCUCUUUCUUCUCGGAACUGCAAGCCACUCGGUGGAUUUUAGGAAAUCUGCUGGUGGUUUUAUUCAUGGCUUCCGAUACACCGCCCGUGCAGUUCAUCGCUUACUAGAAGUCCGUCACCACAAAGUGCCCUGGCCAGCCUCCAACUAUCCUGUAGUGCAGUUAACAAAUGCUAUUGUCAAGCGGGUGAAUGAGGCAUCUGGGCUCUAUCAGAUGUUUAGUGUGUUGGCAGACAUCAUUUUGCUGAAAGAGAAUGCUACAAAAUUUGAAUAUCUGGAGGAGUAUCCAGUUGGAGUCCUACAAGAUCUGGAGUGGCGCACAGGAAGAAAGGUGCAGGAUGGACUUUUUGUCAUUGUGAUGGAGUAUGGAAAGAACUUCUCUGGCCCUGACAAGGAUGUCUUCUACUAUAACCGUGCAGUAGGAGAACCAGAGCACGCUUGGCAGUCUAACUUCCUGCAUCCUGUAAUUUAUUAUUAUAAGCAACUUCCCACUG